AUGCGCGGCCUCUCUCUCCUCGCCCUUGCCCCGGCUGCUCUCGGCGCGCCGAAUGCCCCUCGUGCUGCUCCCGUCGAUGCCCUCGUCGGUUAUGGUGCCAGCGCCACCGGUGGCGGAAGUGGUAGCGGAACGACUGUCACGUCUUGCUCUGCUUUCACUACAGCUGCCAAAGCCGGUGGUGUCAUCAAGAUCUCCGGUGUCUUGGACGGCUGCGGAAUUGUCGACCUGGUAUCUGACACUUCUGUCAUUGGUGUCGGGGCAAAGUCUGGCUUGACGAAUGGAGGUAUUCGGGUGAAGAGGGCGGAAAACGUGAUCCUCAGGAACCUGUACCUGCACAACGCCCCAAGCAAGAAGGACUUGGUCGAGCUUCAAUACUCUACCAAUGUCUGGAUCGACCACAACGACUUCUCGUCGAAUGGUAUCACUGGCGACAAGGAUGCCUACGAUGGGUUGCUGGAUAUCACUCAUGGCAGCUUGGUCGGGCACUCUGACAACAACUCCGGCGAGGACAAAGGAAAGCUCCACAUCACGUACCACCACAACCAUUUCACCAACGUCAACUCCCGGCUUCCAUCCGUCCGGUUCGGAACAGCCCACGUCUACAGCUCAUGCUACGAGAACAACCCAACCUCGGGCAUCAACUCGCGCAUGGGGGCACAGGUGCUGGCUGAGAACAACUACUUCCUGAACGUCCCGCAGGCCCUUGUGACCAACGUGGACAGCGACGAGGACGGGUACCUGGUCAACAAGAACAACGUUCUCGUUAACUGCACCAUUUCCAUCACCCAGGUGGGAAGCCUGAGCCCGCCGUACACCUACGCGCUGGACUCUGCCGACUCUGUCUGCUCCAUUGUCAAGGCGAGCGCUGGAACUGGAAUCGUGGGUUGA